AUGACCACCCUCAUCACCAUCCCCGCCGUCACGGCGUUCCACCUCCCAGCACCAGGAGCCACUCCCGUCCCCCUCGCACAGGGCGACCUCGCCCUCUCCCUCCUCCCAGCCGCCCCUCCCACGCGCCCCGCAGAGGUCCUCACUCUCAGCAUUGGCUCGUCAGCCUUUGUCCUCGCGCGCAACUCGCCCGUCCAAAAGACCAAGUCCAAGAACGAGCACCCGUCGUUCGUCUUCACCCCAGCCCCCCGCGACGAUGGCAGGAGCAUUGGCCAGGUCCGCAUCGACAUGAAGGACAGCACCAACCCCGACGCGUGGGAGGCAACCGAGCAGGCCUGUACCGCCCUCCAGGCCGAGCUCAAGGCCCACAACAUGUGGGAGGACAAGAUGCUGUUCGUUGACGACGAGUACGAGACCGGCGGGCCCAUCACCGGCCCCAAGGUCGGAUGGGGCGAGAGCAUCGCCUCCAACGUUCUCUGGGCCGGCAACGCCCUUGCGUCAAGGCUCACUGGCCGCGCCGCCGCCGAGCCUGUUCUCCCCACCUCCGCCCCAGCAACCUACAGCUACACUGCUACCCUUGCGUCCCCCAACACACAGGCUCCGGCCGCUGCUCCCGCAAGCCCUACAGACGAGUUCAAGGCCCUCGCGUCCAACUCGUGGCACCAGGCAACGAUCGCCGCACAGGGUCUCGGCGCGGCGGCUGUGGCGGUCGGCGGCGCGCUGGGCGAGCAGGCCCGCCACACCAUCGACUCGCUCGGUACCGCUGGUGGUCCUCCCGCUGCCACCCAGGCUGCUUCCCCCACCACCCCCACUACUGCCCCCCCUCCUCCUCCUCCCGCAGCCAAGGCUGCUGAGGUGGUUGCCGAGGUCGCCGAGCCCACCGGCCCCGCUCCCCCUGACGGGUACACCGUCACUGAGUCGACUUCGGCUCCCGCUGCCGCACCCGAGGCGUCCAAGUAG